AUGGUCAUGAAGAAGCGGUUUACAAAUUUGGGGAGCCUGAUCAAACGGUCCAACACCACUGCCGAGGUCGAACCUGCCCCCGAUGCCGACACACCAGAAGCCAAUGCUGCACGAGGAGUGAGACUCUUCUGCGAGUCCGGCGCUGCGAACUCUGGCGAAGAAGUACUCCACCUCCCGACCAUCGUCGAAGCCGCCGUCGCAAGUCCCUCCGCGGCGGCGGCGGCCGCGGCGCAGAUACGCAAGUUUCUCUCCAAGGAGAACUACUCGCGACCCCACGUCCAGUACAAUGCAAUCAUGAUCAUUCGCAUCUUGGCGGACAAUCCUGGACAGUCAUUCACCAAGAACCUGGACAAGCACUUCUCCGACACGGUGAAGCACUUGUUACGAAAUGGACAAGACCCUAGCGUGGCGCAGAUACUAAGAGAGACGCUGGAUGCACUGGAACGGGAGAAAGCAUACGAUACCAACCUGAACACGCUGUUCGCAAUGUGGAGAAAAGAGAAGACGCUGAUGGCCAAUGCAGCGAAGCAAUUCGGCCCACGGACCAUGAACGCACCUCCAUGGCAAGGCGACGCCCAACUACCAGGAGGCUUUAGCCAAGGCGGAGGAAGAUCGGGGGGGCGUGGCCUGCCAGCUCCAGUGGAGCUGGUGGGACGCAUCGAAGAGGCGCGCACUUCUGCAAAGCUCCUCCUGCAACUCGUGCAGUCGACACCACCGAACGAGCUCCUGGGCAAUGAUCUUGUGAAGGAAUUCUCAGAGCGUUGCAUGGCGGCGCAGCGCAGCAUUCAAGGCUACAUCAAUUGUGACAACCCGCCUCCAGAUGACGACACGAUGCUCACGCUGAUCGAGACGAACGAGCAGCUCUCCCUUGCCGCAUCAAAGCACCAGCGUGCCGUCCUUCAAGCUCGCCGCCUGCAGGGCCCAUCGCCGUCUCCCCCAGUCUUAACAGCCAACACCACCAAUCCUACACCACCAAUCCCUCCCCCAAGCAAUACGUACACCCCGAUUGUUGCACCAGUCCCACAGCUUCCACCGCAGACUCUUCGCAGCGAAGUGCCUCUCCUACCCCCUCUUGACGUUGGCUCCAAGGACAAGGGCGAUCUUCCCUUGCCACCAUCUCUCCAAGCUGGCCCAACCCGCCGGCGAACAGAAGCUGAGGACGAGAACCCAUUCGCGGACCACCAUUCUCCAACCUAUGUAGCACCAUCUGGCCCGCCGCCUCCGCCGCCACGCCGAGCCUCAGACGCAGAUAAUUCACCCCCGAGCAACCUGGGUCCCCACACAGGCUCGCCAAAUUCGUACAAUCCCGGCUACCCAUCAACACCCUCGUACCCAGGCCAACAGCAGAGCUCGAGCAACAACCUCACGAUGCACGGUGCUGGACAAGGAACGUUGACAGAAGAGGAAGAAUAUGCACGUGACUACCCGGUCAGCAACGGACCAAGAACGCCGGAGCAAGCGCGGAGGCCGCAGCGAGACAGCGAUGUGUCGCCUAUCGCGGAGAGAGGCACUGUCACAUACAGAUACUAG